GGGCCAAAGAGAUACAAUCACGAGGAAUAUGUCGUCCUUUACGUUCGGCUCUAAGGCGACGCUUCCUAGCACCGCCCAAAGAAACUGCGGGAGGAAAGCAUCUGUCCUCACCCUCCUCCGCCUACGGAGGUGACGGCCGCUCGGUCUCCAAGGUAACGACGCAGGCGUCGAGGGAAGGGAAUGCAGCUUGCUCUUCCAAGGCCUGUCCAAGGGCUCCCUCUCUUUUCAAUUCCUUCUCCAUUCUCCUCCUGGCCUUUGACCACGAAGCUUCCGCAGCUUAGUAGAGGCUUUUCAAGCAGCUAACAAAGAUCGUACGAAGCAGCCUAAGACCAACCCCCGCAAUCUAACGGAACCUUGCUUUCGGCACCUCUCCAAGUCCGCUCUUUCAACUGGAAGUGCCAGUCUUCAUAACAGGCAGAUUCUUCAGAAAUAGUGGUACCGACUGUGCCAUUCAAUCAAAAUUAUGGGAUUAUUUGACAAACUAGCAGGGUGGCUUGGCCUGAAGAAGAAAGAAGUUCAUGUUUUGUGCCUUGGAUUGGACAACAGCGGUAAAACUACUAUCAUCAAUAAACUGAAGCCAUCUAAUGCUCAAACUCAAGAUAUCGUUCCCACAAUAGGAUUCAGCAUUGAGAAAUUCAAGACCUCUAGUUUGUCAUUUACUGUGUUCGAUAUGUCUGGACAAGGUAGAUACAGAAACCUCUGGGAGCACUACUACAAAGAAGGCCAGGCUAUUAUUUUUGUCAUUGAUAGCAGUGACAAACUCAGAAUGGUUGUAGCCAAAGAAGAACUUGACACCCUUCUGAAUCAUCCAGAUAUUAAACAUCGGCGAAUACCAAUUUUGUUCUUUGCAAACAAGAUGGAUCUCAGAGAUGCUGUGUCUUCAGUAAAAGUCUCUCAGUUAUUAUCAUUAGAGAAUAUAAAAGACAAGCCAUGGCAUAUCUGUGCUAGUGAUGCUCUUAAAGGAGAAGGAUUGCAGGAAGGUGUAGACUGGCUUCAGGAUCAGAUUCAGGCAAUGAAGACAUGAAAAGCCAAUAAGUUCUGAAAAAAUUGUUAAAAGACCAUUUGUGGAUGUAUAUGUCAAGCCUUGAAGAUAAAGACUUUUUUUAGGUCUGUUUACAGCAGUACAUUUUAUCUAUUCCUUCUCUUUGGCUUAAAAAGAGCCAAACUUUAAAAAAAAGUUAUAUAUGGACAUUCAUGACACCAGCCAACCAUUUCAGUAUGGUAAAAACAUUGAAAUCAUUGUAUACUUGGUGGUGUUUUGGGGUUGCCCAGAAUGAAACAUCUUUGACCCUCAAUAAUUUGGUUUUCUAUGAGCUCUAUGUAUAGUGUCUUCUUUUCAGAAUUGUAUGUUGAAAUGUAUCUUUACCAGAAUGUAAGUUUUAUUUUGCACAGAAACCAGCUUAUACCAAUUAUUUUUUUCAUAGUGUCUUUUAAGAUAUACCACUUACAUGCAAAUCGUGUUUUUAUAAGCCAUUGUGGAUAUUUAUGAGCAAGUUCCUGAUUUUAUGUGGCGAAUUGUAUGGUGUCCUAUAACAGCUGAAACAAUAUUUUGAUAAAUAAAAUAUAGUACAUGACUGA